AAAUGAUCUACACUGAGUAGGCUAACGUGUUUAGUGCUGAUAAAAUACAGGUAACGUUAUUUUUCCUGGACUGAAGGAAUGAAGCCGCAAUACGGGCAGGCGUCUGACGAGACCAAGCGUAAGUUGUACAGCUCCAUCCUGGUGGUAGGGGGAGGCCUCCUGUUCCACGGUGCCCAGGACUUCUUACAGCACCGCAUCCUCAACAAGAUGCCCCCGUCGUUCCGCCGGGUGGUGGAGAAUGUGGAGGUCAUCACACGGCCCAAGGACAUGGAUCCACAGCUGAUACCCUGGAAGGGCGGUGCGGUGCUGGCCUGCCUGGACACAACCCAGGAGAUGUGGAUCCACCAGCACGAGUGGCAGCGCUUUGGAGUCCGCAUGCUCAGAGAAAGGGCCGCAUUUGUCUGGUGA